UUGUCAAUAAUGUGACCUCAAAUUAUUUGUAAUAUUUUCGAAAAUUGUAUUCAGUAGUGCCAAUUAGAAUUUUUUAACCUUAUUAAUGUGCAAAAUAAGAAGUAAUAAACGACACUUCAUCUAUGAUGUUAGGCAUAUUUCUGUAUUUCAAACUUUAAAAACUGUUAACAAAUUAACAACACAUGCGUACAACGAUCAUGUAAUAUAUACCUUGUAAACAAAGAUAAGGCCAAUUUUAGUAUAUGCGAUAUUAGACGAUAAAAAGUGCGUCAACUUGGACUUUGGUAUUCUCUUGUGCAUUUUGCGUCAUUCAGUCAAACCAAUCUCCAGGGUUGUAAGCUAAUUAUUAGUAUUAACUUACAUUAAAUUUUGAUUAUUCAACAGAGAAGAGAGAUAUUUCAAAUCAUAAUAGCAAUUAACUACUAACUUAUCAAUUUUUUAUCCUUCGAAUUUUACUAUUAAUUGUUUGUGAUCAAAUAAAUUAAUAAAAAAAAUAUUCCUAAAGUAUUUUAUAAGAACAUAUUUACAGACGUUUAACCAUUAUCAUAAAAUAAUUACACAUAACUCUUAACAGUUUUACUAUGAGUACGAAACAAGAAAAUAUUUUUUUAUUUGUUCCAAAUUUAAUAGGUUAUGCUAGAAUUCUUCUAGCAUUUGUAUCUAUGUACUUUAUGCCAACUAACUAUAAAAUAGCAUGUACAUGCUAUGUCGUUAGUGCUUUAUUGGAUGCUUUUGAUGGUCAUGCAGCUCGAUUGUUCAAACAAAGUACCAAAUUUGGAGCUAUUCUUGAUCAACUUACUGAUCGCUGUGGAACAUUGAGUCUAUGUAUUGCACUAUCAAACUUUUACCCAAAAUACAUGUUUUUAUUCCAACUUAGUUGUGUUAUUGAUAUUUCUUGUCACUGGAUAUAUUUACAUUCAUCCAUUCUACAAGGCAAAACAACUCACAAAUUUGUAGAUAUGUCUGAAAAUCCAAUCAUGAGAUAUUACUACACAUCGAAACCAAUAUUGUUUUUUAUGUGUUUUGGAAAUGAGUUAUUCUUUGCAUCACUAUAUUUGGCUCAUUUUGUUACAGGCCCUAUUAUUGCAGGACAUGGUCUUUUUAAGCUACUUUGUUUAAUUUCUACUCCCGUUAUGAUUGUUAAAACAGGAAUUUCAUUGCUCCAUUGCUAUAUUGCUAGUAUAAAUAUUUCUAUUAUUGAUGUAAAUGAAAGAAAAGAAAAGAAAUAAUUAUUAUUUAGUUAAAAUUAUGAGUACAUUCAUUAUCUAAUGAAUAGAAGAGUUUUAUUAAUAACAAUUUUAUUAAUUUAAGCAUUCCAGUAUCAUCAAUACUACUUUGUUCCUUAUAAUUAUUGAUAUCCUUAUGAAUGUUUUAUAAUUUCUAGUCAUUUAAACAUUUUCAAUACUGUAUAGCUAAUAGAUUAUUUACUAAAGCUGUAAAAUAUAAUUUUUACUGAAUUAGUCUUUAUUAUUUUCAACUUGAGAUAAUUACAUACAGUGCUAUUUAUUUUAUAAUGAAAUAUUUCUUGGUUAAGCGUAAUGUUUGAGUAAAUUAUAUCAUACUUAUUUUAUUUUUUCAAUUUUUCUCUAAUUGUAGUUUCCUAAAAAAUAUAUAAUGUGUGAAUUAUUUAUGUACUUAGUUUAUGAAAUUUAAUGAUUAAAUAAAUAUAUGAUUAUUUAAUGA